UGAUUUACGGUAGUUGUGUAACGUACGUUAUAAUGGCACCGGUCAGUCUCGGGACUCUGAGCGCUUUUCUGAGACUCCUGACCGGACCGAGGUGUCGCGGUGCGGCGGAGUCUCUCCGGUGUUUCUCCGGCGGUUCCGCUCUACAGCAGCGGGGAAGCGGCGCUCCUCUACCCGCCACUGUGGACUCAUACGGCGGCGUGACUGUGCGGGAAUUACCGGCUGAUGUUACCGAGGCGACUUUCAGCCACUUACUGCGGGAGUCGGUGCAUGUGUGGCGUUCGGAGGGUCGCGUCGCGGUGUGGCUGCAUGUUCCUCUGCGCUGCAUUCGGCUGGCCGGGGUCGCAGCGCUGCAGGGAUUUAAGUUCCAUCACGCUAACGGGGACGAGGCCGUGCUCAGCCUGUGGACGGGUCAAGGAGAGAGUCGCCUACCCAACUACGCUACACACCAAGUGGGCGUUGCAGGCGCCGUCGUGGACGAACCCGGUGGAAAAGUUCUCGUCGUCCAGGAUAAAAACAAGACUAAGAAUGCGUGGAAGUUUCCCGGCGGACUGUCGAACCCUGGAGAAAAUAUCGGUGACACCGCGGUGCGUGAAGUGUUCGAAGAGACCGGCGUCCGGUCGGAGUUCCGAUCCCUCCUAAGCAUCCGGCAGCAGCACCGACACCCCGGAGCCUUCGGGAACUCUGACAUGUACCUGAUCUGUCGCCUCGCCCCCCUGUCGUACGAGAUCCGCUUCUGUACGCACGAGUGUUUACGCUGCGAGUGGAUGGAUUUAGGAGAACUGGCCAAGACUAGCAACACCACUCCGGUGACCAGUCGCAUCGCCAAACUGCUCCUGUUCGGACUGGAAAAGGGAUUCGAACACAUCGAUCUGAAGAUGGAGGAGGUGCCGGCUGUUUACACCGGACUGGUUUAUCAGAUUUAUCACAGAAGUUUACCAGAGCGAUAAAAAUAAUCAACGUUAUUCAGCAGCGAGUUUCACUACAGAGGUUUAUCUGUUAAUGGAAUACAAAUUGUUUUAAAAAAAUUAUUAAAUGAUAUUUUAGUAAUAAAUGUUUGUUUUAUUACUCUGAAUAAAUUAUGGGAUUUUUGAUGCCAAAAUGCUGUGACUUUUUGUUUAUUAGGAAUGAAUUAUUAUUUUUUA